AGGAGGGCAAGAGAGGACCUGCGCGAGGCGGUUCCUACGGCGGCGAAGGAGGCAAUGGCUCUGGGGAUGUGGGCGCUGCGCCUCUGGCGGGCCGCCCCAGGUGGCCGGGCUCGCUGGAGAUUGAUAGCAACCUCGCCAGCUUCUCGGCUGUCACUGACAGAACUGAUAGAAAUGCAGAAUGAUCUCUUUAAUAAAGAGAAGAACAGGCAGUUAUCAUUAACUCCUCGCACUGAGAAGAUCGAAGUUAAACACGUUGGGAAAACCGACCCUGGCACAAUCUUUGUGAUGAAUAAAAACAUUUCAACUCCCUCUAGUUGUGCUAUGCAUUUAAGUGAGUGGUACUGCAGGAAGUCCAUUCUGGCUCUUGUGGACGGACAGCCUUGGGACAUGUAUAAACCUUUGACCAAAUCCUGUGAAAUUGAAUUUCUUACUUUCAAAGAUCGUGAUCCAGGAGAAGUGAAUAAGGCUUAUUGGCGUUCUUGUGCCAUGAUGAUGGGCUGUGUGAUAGAGAGGGCAUUCAAAGAUGAAUAUGUGGUCAGUUUGGUUAGAGCUCCCGAAGUUCCUGUAAUCUGUGGAGCCUUCUGCUAUGAUGUAGUUCUGGAUAAGCGACUUGAUGAGUGGAUGCCGACAAAAGAGAACCUACGUUCCCUCACGAAAGAUGCUCACACUUUAAUUUAUAAAGACCUUCCAUUUGAAACUCUGGAAGUGGAAGCAAAAGUGGCAUUAGAAAUAUUUCAGCACAACAAGUACAAAACAGAUUUCAUAGAAGAGAAGGCAUCUCAGAACCCUGAGAGAAUAGUUAAGCUACACAGAUUUGGUGACUUCAUUGAUGUGAGUGAGGGUCCUCUUAUUCCAAGAACAAGUAUUUGUUUCCAGUAUGAAGUGUCAGCAGUUCACAAUCUUCAAGCCACCCCGUUGAGUCUUGUACGAAGAUUCCAGGGUCUGUCUUUACCUGUACACUUAAGAGCACAUUUUACCAUCUGGGAUAAGCUGUUGGGAAGAUCUCGGAAAAUGGUAACUGAAGAUCAAACUAAACCUACAGAGGAAAGUGCAUCGACCUAGUAACUUCCUAAAAUUUAAAUAUGUAUAGUAAAUUAAAAUAAAAGUUUUCUAUGAAAUAUUUGUGUGUGCUUCUAAAGAUUAACUGUCGGGGCACCAGGGUGGC